UAAAUAUAUGGAAAACACGACACGGUGUGUACCAUAAUAAUAUGCUGAUAUGCCAUAUUAUACCAUAUAGAUAUAAUUUAUUAGUAAUGUAAGGAUAGUGCAAUAAUUAUUUCUUUUCUUGUGUAAUUAUCAAUUGUGCAAAUACAAAUAAUUAUAAAGCGCAGCUUAUGCACGUUGACGGUCACCCAAUUUCCUUUGCACGUUUCAUAGAAAUUAGUAAUUGACAAUAUUGUCAGUCCCGUUUCGUAGUCGUGAAUGAUUUUGGAAAUUUGGCGGUUCUUGACUAGCGUACAAAUAUAUUUAUGUGUUGAUUUAAAAUGCCUUUAGCAAAAAGUAUUCUUCAUCCAUCUGCUGUAGAAGACUUACGUAGCCAUAAAUUGAAGCGGCUUGUACCUCGUCCAAAUUCAUAUUUUAUGGAUAUCAAGUGUCCAGGUUGCUACAAGAUUAAAACCGUUUUUAGUCAUGUUCAAGAGAAAGUGAGAUGUGACGGUUGUCUAAUAGUACUUUGCAGACCAACUGGAGGCAAAGGAAAAUUGUCUGAUGGAUGUUCAUAUCGAAAGAAACACUAAAGAACUAUUUGUAUUUAAUUCGAAAUUAAUAUUAAAUUGAUUGAUAUUUUCAUAAUUAAAAUUAUAUUUUAUUAACAUUA